AUGGCUUCCGCCGACGACAUGUCUGUGGAUGGAGAUGACAACGUGGAUCUUCUAGUAGAAGACAUCGUCGGGGCUUCAAAGCUACCAACCAAGAAGCGAGCCACGAAUAUCAGACCUACCAUUGAUCGGCUUGCUUCAGCUGCCUACGUGAAGGGCCUACUGCCCGAACCUUUGACUGAACUCAUUGAUCUCAUCACGAGGCCAAGCUGCCUUGACCAAGGCGGGUUGAACAUUCUGGUGAAGAACUUGUACCCUGCAGAGCGCCUGUCCGACGACCUUGUUCUGAGGGUGGUGGGAUGCCUGGGUCAUGGCGAACUGAAGCCCUCCCUGGUGCUGCAGUCAAAUUUGCUGAAAUGGCUGAUCAUGGUGUAUCACGUUCUGGAGAGGCCCGCAGUUCUAUCGCAGGCGUACGCUGUUCUCUUCAACCUCCUUGACACCGCUGCUAUCAGACCACAGCUCUGUCACCUACUUGCUUUAAUUACUCGCAGAAAACAUGUCCGGCCGUUCAGAAUCCAGGCAGUUCUCAACCUUUCUAGGAACACCGGCAACGACCCAGCAUUAACCGGCCUCCUCCGAGUGUUCAAAGACUACUACCCGGAAAUUAUUGUCGGCGAUGCCGUAAGAGGCAAGGCAUCUGCCUUCAAGCAUCCUGACAUUGAAUGGCGCGAGAGGUUGGACCAAAUUCAGAGGGAUCACUCUCAACGCACCGCCGAGGUCACUAGCCAACCUCGCAACGGCUUCAGCGUCAAUCAUCAGGCUUUGAGGGCUCGUAGUGGCAAGGGCGCCCAUGUCCCUUCGGUCCAUACAUCAGAGGCCAAUGAGAACUCGGUUACAGUUGAAGAGAUCGACAGCGCCGACCGACUCGCCCGGAGCAUCGAGAAGAUUGAGCUCCCAAAUCAACUUGCCGCUGUGUUGGCAGAUCCUCUUCUACAGAAGUUCAUGGCCCUAAAGAAGGACGAUGACGCGUCGAGGCGCGUGGUUCAUUGGAUCGAUGCCGUCCUCGAGGACGUUCUGAAUGGAAACGCCGACGAGAAGCUAUUCCAGGAGACGAUGGAAAUUUUAGAGGACUAUGUGACUCGGGUCAAAGAAACCCCGGUCGUCAUCUUGAAUUUCUUCGCCAAACUGUUCACUACCUGGAACGGCGUAGACGCUCGAGAUCCCAUUUUCAACAUUCUUUCCUACUCUCCGCUCGCACCAUUUGAAGAAUUAAGCAAAUUCGUCUUCAAGCCACUGGAGAGAUGCCUCCCCUCAACGCCCGACUCCCAGCUCGCCCUUCUAAAGCUGUACCAAAACCUCAUCCGCCACUGGUCUUUCGUCCUCCGCUCAGUCGACACGACCCCAGCAAACGUCCCUGUGGACGCCUUACAUCAAAUGCUAGACCACGCGAGCACCACCGCCCUGAACCUAGCCCAAGCAUCCCCAAGCAUCGCUGUCCACGGCACCAUCCUGGACCUCUACGAGGAAGCCGCCGCCAGCAUCUCCGAUCCCGCCCUGCAACACUUACUACGCAUCUCCAACCCGGCCGCGGAACUCCCAUAUCUCAUAUUCUUCAGCCACUCUCUCGCCAACGUGUCGCGCCUAUGCGCCUUCCUCGCGGUGUACAAGAAGGGAUUCGAGAACGCCAUGAAAAUGGGCCGUCGAUCGGCCGCGUACGAUUAUGAGCCCAGCUACGUGAACCGCUUCAACGGCUUUUUGAUGGACAUUUGCAACUGCCUAUGGCGUGGGAAGGCGUUCAACGACGCGGACAAGAACGCCAUCGGGUGCCUCACCGCGCGGCCCGUCGUACUUCGCUUGCAGCGCUACAUCGAGGAUCUGGAUGCGGAUCUCGAGCUACCCACUCUGUUUGGCUUUUCCUACUCGCCGUUGUUGAGUCUGCAGGCCAUUCGGUGUAUCCGACAGCGUGAAGAUGACGCGCUGGAGGAGGACGAAGACGCCAUUGCCACGAGGCAUGCAGGCCCUGUGACGGCGAACAGUCUGGCAAGAUUGGCUGAUGCGCGAGGUAUCCGCGUAACGUGGUCCGAAUACCGAAGCUACGUGCUGCAUGCGCUGGACGCCCAGGGGCUAGGAGGAAUAUCGGAACUCAUGAGGAACACUAUGAAGGUUCUCAUGACCUCCCAGCCCGGGAAGUAA